UCUGCUGAGCAGAAGCGGGGUGAGCGCUCCUCGCGUUCGCGUGGGGGAGGCCUCCUUCACCUCAUCUCCUAUCAUCUCAUCAUCAUCAUUAUCACCUCGUCUGGCCUCACAUCAUCAUCAUCCUCCUCCUCCUCAUCUUCGCCGGAGGACACGAGGAAGUGAGAGAGACGCGGGGUGGGUCGGGGAGCCGGAGGUCGUCGUCUGCCGGUCAUGGGCACCCGAGACGACAACCACCGCCACCUCGUCAACAACAACCACCUCCUCGUCAACCACCUCCUCGUCAACAACCACCACCUCGUCAACCACCACCUUCUCUUCGUCGUCGUGGGCUGAGCAACGACAGCCCGCAGAGAUGUCGUUCAUCAUCAAGCGCAUGUCCAGAGAUAAGGGAAAGGGGAAGGAGGUGUUAUCCACUCGGAGCCCUGCAAGGUCAGCCCGGCAGCCGUCGAGGAAUCACGCGAGGUCCGAGACGCCGCCGCCGCCGAGCCGCGAUGCGCUCAGCGCCAUCUCGGGGGCCAUGGAGGGCGCCGGGGUGCGCACCGGCGCCCUGCGGCGGCCGCCCCCCACGCUCGCCGAGCCGCAGCACUUUGGCGACCUCGGCCACGCGUCACUGCGCGCCGUGGCCGCCACCACCUCCCCCGGCGAGGAGGAGGGCCCCCACUCCCGCCUGAGCCGCACGCUGGGCGAGGCCCUGCGCGACCCGGCCGCUCUGCCGCACCUCCUCCUGGACUUGGAGGCGCGCGGCGCGCUGCACCUGGCGCGCUUCUGGCUGGACGCGGAGGCGUUCCGGCAGGAGAGCUGGGCGCGCGUGCGCACCCGCUCGCUCGACGCCGUCAAGCUGAGCUCGCUCGCCGCGCGGACCUCCCCCCUUCCAGCCCGCGGCUCGCCGCUCCUCGCCGCCACCGCGACCGAUCGGUCGCCCGCAGGCAGAAACUUCCCGGCCGGGGAAAGCCCGUCGCCGUCGGCGCCCGCGGGUCCCGGCGACAUCAGGGCGGCGCCGCCGCGGGAGCUGUGCGGUUGCGGGUCGGCGCGCUCGUGCCCGUUCUGCGGCGGCAGUGGCGGCACCGCCGGGCCCGAUCGGCCGAGGCGACGCGGACGGUCGCUGCUCGACGGGGACGGUGGCGGCGGCGUGGGGGUGCGGAGCGGGGACGCGUGCGGGAGGGAUGGGGCGGAGGAGGGGAGGAGGCCGGCGAGGGCCGUGCCCGACGGGCUCACGCUGCCGAGCACGACCGCCGAGGGCUGCGACUCCAUCUCCGACAAGCUCAUGAAAAGUAUAGAGCGGGAUGCGGUGGAGCUGUUCACGCGAUUCGUGUCGCAGGAUGCCGAGGUGGCGCUGCCCAUCAGCGACGCCAUGCGGAACCUCAUCAUCGCCAAGAUCUGCGGCGAGGACGGGGACGUGGACCCCAACUGUUUCCUGCCGGCGCAGGAGCUCGUCUUUCACGAGCUGGAGACGCAGUUCUUCCCCCUCUUCCUGGAGAGUUCGCACUUCUGCCGCUACCAGAUGGAGGUGCUGACGAGCGGCUCCGUGUGUCUGGGCGACAUCCUCACCAGCGAGGGCACGCUCUUCUACUUCUCGGAGUUCAUGGAGAAGGAGGACGCGGCGGCGUUGCUCCAGUUCUGGCUCGUGGCCCACGACUUCCAGGCCCAGCUGGCGGGGAAGGCCGGCCAGUACGACGGGCAGGAGGCCCAGAACGACGCCAUGAUCCUCUACGACAAGUACUUCUCUCUGCAGGCCACGUGCCCGCUGGGCUUCAGAGACUCCGUGCGACCCGAGGUUGAAUCCAACAUCUGCCGGGAGGGUGGCCCGCUCCCUGACUGCUUCUCGACAGCUCUGCGCCAGGCCUACACCACCAUGGAGGCUGUCUACCUGCCUGGCUUCCUGUGCAGCGACAUCUACUACAAGUACCUGUCGGAGCUGCUGUAUUCGGUGCGCAGCGAAGAGGCGCAGGGGCCAAGCGCCCACGUGCCCGGCCGGGGGGGGGCGCCGCCGCCAUCCGAGGCCGUGGGCAACGAGCGCGGGAACCAGGCCAACAGCAACAAGAAGAACCUGGUGAAGAUCCUCAAGAACUUCGACGAGGACAUCACGAUCGACGCCAAGAGCCUGGAGCCGGAGUCUCUCUACUACAGACAUUACGCGGGGAAAAUGUCAUUUGGGAGGAUCAACAACCUCGGGCAGUUUGUCAAGGAGUCGGAGCCAAAUCCUGACGGGAAGAAACCCAAAGGAUCUCUGUCACAGGUCAUGAAACGAUGGGUGCAAGGAACCACCGAUGAGGCGCAGGAGGACAUGGCGUGGAGGGUGGCGCGGAUGAUCGUCGGCGAGAUCGUGCGGCAGAGCGCCACGCUGCGGCCCCCCGCGCCACCGCCGGUGCCAAGCGGAGCGGUGGAGGCUCCCGGGAGGGACCCCGUGAUAAGCGGCGGCACGGCUGAGCCCGGCGCGACAAUCGUCCAACGAGCGGAGCCCCCUGCGCGGUGCCGACCAUCCCCGGAGAGCAGUGGCGCGCGGCCUUCGCACGGCCUGCGCACCGCCGCCGUCGCCGCUGCCACGCCCGGACCCCGUGCAGCCAACAAAUAAAUAAAUGUCUCCGCGGUCUACGACACAGAGGCGGCCAAACCGCGGGUCGCGAGCCAUUGCAGUCCACCUGCAGCUCGAUCGAGACGCAGCUCAUUCAUUUUUUUUACUUUUUGAAAGAGGAGAAAUCUGCAGAAGCAGGAACGGUUUUUUGGUGCACUCCACCCCUGGCAGCUGAGCCAAACAAGAGUACCCCGCUGGGGUGCUGCCGCAGAUUUAUAAGUUUCAAAACUCCAUGGACAACCAGCGUGCGAGCGAACCAUGCGCGUGACCCGCUCCGAGCAUGUGGUUCUUCUUGGCCGCAUGGCGAUGUUGGUACCGUGGCUCGUAGUGUCAGGAAGUUUGGCCACUCUUGGUCCAUGACCUCAAGCGUCCAUCUGUUGUUUGUUGUUUCUGUUUCGAAACCGUGACUGCCAAACUCCACGCCUCGUGACGCCACCCACUGUUACAUGUUACUACAGCCCUUGUAUCAGUUCACGGCAGGAUGAAGGCCACUGCACCGUGCGGGGUCGUGGAAGUUAUGCGACCGUACAUUGUCACGCUGGUCGGUGCACGUUGGAGAAGGCAGAGAGAGCCGAGAUGUGGGAGCAUAGUACAUUACAACAAUGGAUUUUGCUACACUAAACCGCUGCUGACGGCCACGUGACCUCACAGCCACAUGAUACGACUUGCCGGUACGGUCCGUGAAAGCGAUUUCACAAUACAUCGCCUCCACGCGGUCCGCUUGUGCAUUUUUACCGAUCAAUGCAAUCGAUGGUCGCACCUUUGCCAUCGAAACCUGCUUAUCGGCUAAAAUUAAAUCCCGGAUUUUGCGUGAGGGCUUGGAAUGGAGUUUUGCGACCCGGAUUGGACUCCCGGCACUGUUUUAAAACAAAGGGGAACAAAACCAGCGAACAAAAGCUGACGGCACUCCUUCCUUUCGCGUGCGUGCGUACGUGUUGGCGUGCGUACACUCGCACGCACGCGGCCCGUCCACGCGGUCUAAAUGAGUAUGCUUCUUUUAUAAAGAUUUAUGAGCGCGCGGCUGAAUGUUCCCGUGAGCCGCCCGCCACCGUCGCUGCUGCUGUGUGUGGUCGUGGUGCGCCAUGGGCGGCGACGAGUCUGUACAUAGCGCGCAGCGGUGCAGGACGCGGCCUCACCGAGCCGCCAAUCGACGCUUCCUCGUCAACGUUUGUGAAUGUUCCGUGACCCCUGGUGACCCCCCCCUGCUCCCUUACCCUCCCUCCUUAGCGCUUAACUCGAUCCCAUUCAAGGUGAGAAGACUGAAUUAUUGUUACGAGCGAUUCCUUAUAGUUUUUUAUUGAAAUUAAUUAUGUAAAUUAUGAAUUUACUCUUGUUGAUUUGUUUCAAUUGCACGAGGGUCGUUGUGGUCGUGUGAUCUGUACGGCCGUGCUGUACCUUUGCUUAUUGCACAUCUUCCAUACGUGUGAAAUUAUGAGAAUAAAAAAACAAAGUCAAGAAAAGUGGUUAAAUGAAAACUCAGGCGCUUUAACGAAGACAAUGAAAUGGCAAGUGCAAGCGUGCGGAAUCCCGUUUCGGCCGGUGUGGUGUGGUAGUCGUGAACCUGCGCUUGUCGGCUUCACUCCAGGGCAGUCUCGCUUAGGCCCUCUCGGAGUAGCGUCUACCACGAACGUGACGUUCGCAAACCAUCAAACCUUUUCGUCGUCUAUCGCCGGUGUUUCCGCACUCCAAGACCAACUGCGUUGAUUACGUUUGCUCUACCAAGGACCAAUGCCGGGAUUUGACUUUGUCGCCGUGGUUGUUGCUACUCUACAGGUUUCCACGGCGGUAUGUGCAGACCCAGAGGUGUGUUUACAGUGUCCAUAUAUACAGUUCGCUAUAUAUACACACCCCCGCGUGUACAAAAUAUGCUUGAACUUGAACGGGAGAAAAUAUUUCAUCUCUGCAAGAGAAAAAAACCUCGAACGAAUUUACUUGCACAGCGCUGCGUCGCGGAUGCGCUUCGUCAAAUAAAACGAGGACAUUUAAACCCCAACACGACUCGCGCUUGGAGACGUCCCCAUCGCGUUUUGUGGCAUCACAUUUCGUGUUCCCGGGCCGCGCGGCGCUCCUAAAGCCAGGCAAUGGCACCGCUCGGCUGCGGGUCCAUAUGCUCACGAACCGCCAGAGAGGAUCGGUGCUACGGGUGAGAAUUAUUUUUAUGACCGCAUAUUUAAAGAUUCCCUUGGUCACGUGGUCUGAAUGUGUGCACAUGGGCAUCAGCCGUCCAGAUAUUUCUUGGACGAGGCUGAACAGACUGGCUGUGUGGCAAUGGGAAGCUCUGUGUCUGUAUGCCGCCCCUACGACUGCAAUGUGACUUUCGGGAGCUGCCCAACAAGACGACAGCAGCACGCUCCCCUCCACAUGAACGACUGUCCCUUACGAUGGCCAGAAGGUGGCGUGAGAAGGCCGAUUGGACCGGAGCAGUGUGGCGCGCGGAUCCAGUCCAGUGGCUCGCGAUGUCGGACAUUCGAUGGCACAUGUGAGAAGAGCUGAUGAGAAGGUCAUCUUGCCCGUUGGGAAUUGUGUACAUGUUGUACAGUAACGUAUAGCGUGUAUGGAGAUAUAUGUGUGUAUAUUCAUAAGUGCACUUGUGGCGGUAUUCAUUGCUGAUUGGUUAAUUAAAGAGGGAUUUUUGUUUUCUCUCCCACAAGUAAAUCGGGGCCCAGCAGACUGUCGGCACAUGAUUAUUGAGGGGCCUGAGUUAGAAAUGCCAACCAGCUAUAGCAUCAAGUGGUGAGAAAAUGUUAGGCUAAAAUCUACAUACAGGGGCUCCUCCACUUUUAUAAAUUUAAAUUAUUACUUAGGCACAUUCGACUUACGAAAUUUCCGAGAUACAUACAAACCUGUCCUUAUGUCCACUUGCCUGUUCGGACCGAGGGUCGUAAGUUCAACCGCCGUGCAAAUGAUGGCGGUGGUGACAUCUACAUCUGCAGAACGUGAAGAGCCAGUGGAAUCUACAGGAGAUUAUUCCACUUUUACAGCCAUUCCCCAUGUUUCGUGUACAUUCCGUACAUGUUCGGAAUCGACAGGAGUAAAGUUGGACUUACGAACAGACCUCUGGAACCAAGUUCGUAAGUAGAGGAGUCCCUGUGUACAUGAACCCCACGAUAGGAAUGUGGAAUGCCUACCACUGGCUCAGGGCCACCAAUGGCGAUGAGGAACUACCACACACUCGUUUGAGAGCAGCUACAAAAAUUCGGUAUCAGAAAAAAAAACAUGGUAGAUAAUCCGAAUUUUACUUAUGGGUGUUAUUUUGAUGGCAAUUAUCUAGUUUAACAAAUAUAUGGUUCGUCUGAAUGUCCGACACCACCGUGAUAUUGUACGAUCGUUCCUAAUUGGUUUACAUACUGUGCCCAAGUAAAAAAUGUACUUUGCGGUUACGCUAAUGAAUUACCCACGUCUUAAAAAAAUGUCCGAAAUCUACAUCUAAAAUCAAGAACUGCCGUUCAGGAAAUCUGAGCAGGUUUAAGCGUGCGUUCGCAGUUGAAGUUGGAAGGAGCGAUAAAAUACAGUGGACUUUAAAUUCUUUAUAAAACAACCCCCACGGCCAAGUGGUGUUUCUCACUUCCGUGAAAAGCCCAGGUACAUGUUUUCAUACAGCCGAUAUGCACAAUGGAUAAGAUAAAUGUUGACAUAUCAGACGUGAUUCUUCUGCCCCUUGUCGCAUGUAUUGCAUGUACCACUUAAGACACUUCUCCGCACAUCGGCUCCCGCCCUGAAUCUGGAGACGUAUUGGUCGUGGAGAUGAGAUGAUUUCAAAGAUAUAAGGCAUUUGAUGACCCCUCCAUACCACUCUCCGCUGUCAGCGAGAGCCCAACAACCGGGUUCUGGUCGCCGUUGCUGGGGUUGUUUUUUUGCAGACGAUCGAUCGUAUGCGUUACAAUCGUACGCCGUGCGCGCCCUCGGAUAAUGACAAUGGGCACAUAAUUGUUUUGCAAUAUGCCUGGUACAAAUUUAAGAAAAUUCCAAUAAAAUAUAUGUAAUUAUGAUCUUUA